AUGAGAACACCUCAUGGAGCGCUCCUCUUGCUCUUCAUUGUGGCGUGCCUCCGCGGUGCUUACUCCGGCGGCGGCUGGAGCCGCUUCACCUCCAUAAUCAGCUUUGGGGACUCCUACGCCGACACGGGUAACUUGGUCAUGUGGGCUGAUCCCGUCCUUCCGGGUCUACUACUCAAGAACCUCCCCUACGGCGAGACCUUCUUCGGCCACCCCACCGGACGUGCCACCGACGGCCGCCUGGUGCUGGACUUCAUCGCCGAGGCUUUGGGUCUGCCUUCUAUGCCGCUGUAUCUCGCCAGGGGAAGCAACUUCUCCGCCGGAGUGAACUUCGCCGUGGUAGGAGCGCCGGCUCUGAACUUGACGUACCUGCAGGGACUGAACUUGACAGUGAAUCCUCCUAUUAACAGCUCCCUCCACGACCAGCUCGUGUGGUUCCAGAAACUCAAGCCUUCGCUCUGCAAUGGACAAGGUACUGACUGCUUUGGGAGCUCCCUGUUUGUCAUGGGAGAGUUUGGAGGAAAUGACUACAUAAGCUUCCUUCUGUCAAACAGAACCGUUGAACAAGCCAGACCUUAUGUUCCUCAAAUUGUCGACAGCAUUUCCAGAGGCCUAGAGGACUGA